AUGGCUCGUGUUUCCUAUGCUAAUGCAGUUGGAAGCUUGAUGUAUGGAAUCAUGUGUACUCGGCCUGAUAUAUGUUAUGCUGUUGGAUUUCUCAACAGAUUUCAAUCAAAUUCAGGGCUUGCUCCUUGGAAAGCUGUCAAGAGGAUAUUAAGGUAUCUUAAAGGGACAACAGACUAUGUCCUUUGUUAUCAAGGUUCAAAUUUGCGUAAGAUUGGCUAUAGUGAUGCUGAUUGGGGUAGUGACCUAGAUGAUUGCAAAUUUACAUCAAGAUAUGCUUUCUUGCUAAAUAAGGGCACCGUCACUUGGAGUAGCAAGAAACAAUCCUUUAUAGCAUUAUCAACUGUGGAAGCUAAGUAUGUAACAUGUUUAGCAGUUGUUCAAGAAGCAGUUUGGAAUCACGAGGUUGUUGAGGAUGCCUUAAAUCUCGUUACGGUACAUUGUGAUAGCAUGUCAGCACUUGCCUAUGCUAAUGACUCUAAGUAUCAUGGUAAAACCAAACACAUUGAUAUACGGUAUCACUACAUUCGGGAAAUAGUUGCUCACAGUGAAGUGGUUCUAAAACACAUUUCUUCAAGGCACAUGAUUGUUGAUCCUCAAAUAAAGCCUAUAGGAAGGGAUGCCUUUUAG